AGCAAUCAAAAAUGGCAUCAAAGCCUCAAACUUUUCUGAAAUCAGCCAAUUGUUUUAAGAAACUUGAGAAGUUCAGGAGGAGCAAGAGUCGGACUAAGGAGAUCAAACCAGUCUGUGACCCCAGUUCGAAACAAGUUCCUGACACUAAGAGAACAUCUAAGGCUAAAUCAAAGGGUAAGAAACCGACCAAUUUAUCCAGAAAUAAUUUCAUCAAUUCCAGCUUGAGCAGGAAUACGGCCAAUUCUAUCGGAAAAUAUACAAGCUUGAAAUCAGGCAAGAAGGUACCAAUAAAUAUUAGACAAGAGGAGAGGUCAACGAAGAGAGCAAAAAAUUCGUCAAGAAAGCGGUCUAAAAUAUCAGUUAAUCUUAAGAAAACAAAGACUAAGAACGGGAUUUACUACCGGAAUAGUGUGGCUUUUAACAAUCCAAGAAGUAUUUGUUUGUUAAACAACCCUUGUGGGGAGAAAUCUGUGAAUUUCUUAAAAAAUCCUAGCUUGAAACUUAAAACAAAGAGCAAUUCGAGGAACAACAAGGCUUCAAUAGAUGGAACUUCUUCUGUAUCUUUUUGAAACAACUUUAACCCAAAUAUCCAAAUUGUGAUUCCAUCUACCAAGCAUGUGAAGAGCAUUAGCAGAGCUAAUGCUCAGACCACGAAUGGCAGGAAACAAAAGCUGGUGCUUGGGAAAGGAGUGUCAAGGAAGAAAUCAAGCAGUAGGAACUCUUACUCUGUCUCUUCUAAGUAUUCCUGAGAUGGACUUCAGAGACACUCCACAUUCACAAAUGUGCCAUACAACUGUUCUAACUUCUAAUUGAUUCAAUUGGGUUUAGCAAUA